CAAUUUCAUUGCUUUUUUACUAUUCUGUGUAUUUCAUACGUCUUUAAAAAUGAAAAGAGUUCCUUGAUGUAUCAAGUUUAAGACCAGUACAAUAAUUUUGAUGAAAGCGCAAGGCACUGUCAAAUGACUGUUGAUGAGAUUCCAGAAAUAAACGUCAUGGGGAAGUUAGAGGUACUGAUUGAGCGGUUUGUUGGAAUUGGCGUGUUCAUUCUUGGUUUCUUUGUGAAACCACUGGUGAUGUUGGCAUUGUCGCUGUUCUAUAAAGGCAGAAAGGGAAAGGUCCCUCCUAUAUCGAAUGAUAUUCUGUUGGAAAAUGCGACUACCCUCGCUGCGAAGAUCCGAAAGAGAAAGCUGAAGAGUGUUGAUGUGGUGCAGGCCUACAUCGACCGGAUCAAAAAAGUAAAUCCUCUUGUCAACGCUGUCGUUGGGGAUCGAUUCCAUGACGCUCUGCAGCAAGCCGCUGAGGUGGACACUAUCCUUGAUAGCGGCAAUAUCCCAGAGAGAUACUCAGAGGAGAGGGCCCCCAUUCUCGGUGUACCGUUUACUUCCAAGGAUGCAUUUGCCAUUAAAGGUUUCCCCAACUGUAGUGGUGUUCAUGCUCGAAGGAACUUCCACGCAACCAAGGAUGCACCUGUUGUGACCAACCUUAAGGAUGCUGGAGGUAUACCCCUGUGUGUGACCAAUGUCAGUGAGCUCUGUAUGUGGAUGGAGUCCAGUAACUAUGCAUACGGCCAGACGAAAAAUCCAUAUGAUACAACUAGAACAGUUGGGGGUAGUUCAGGUGGGGAAGGUUGCCUGAUUGCUGCUGGUGGAUCACUAUUCGGUAUUGGCUCUGACAUCGGGGGUAGCAUUAGAAUGCCGGCAUUCUUCAAUGGAGUAUUUGGACACAAACCCACUUCUGGCAUUGUUGAAAACACGGGCCAGUUCCCCAAUGCAGACCCGGGACUAAAACAGUUGUACUUGACGACAGGCCCUAUCUGUCGCUUUGCAGCUGAUCUCUUGCCCAUGUACCAAAUCAUGGCCGGGAAGAAUUGCGACAAAUUAAAUUUGAAAAAAGAGGUUGACGUGAAGAAGCUUAAAUAUUUCUACAUGGAAGAUGACAAUGGUUGUUUCCUGUCCAGUUAUGUCACUGAUGAAGUGAAAGACUCAAUGCAAAAGGUUGUGAAAUACAUCGAAAAUGUUCUCGGGGCACAAGUUACCAAGGUGAAGGUCGAGAAGAUGAAGUACUCGCUGCACAUCUGGUCAAGGUUGAUGGGAUCAACAGGAGGGACGACAUUCUGUGAACUGCUUGGCAACGGAACUCCAAUCAAUCCAUUCUACGAACUCUUACUCUGGUUUCUACGCCUCUCCAAUCAUACGUUCCCGGCGGUCGGUCUUGGAAUCAUGGAGAAACUCACAGAAGAUGAGAGUGAGGUCGUAGCAAUGCAGAAGUUAUGCGAUGAAUUGAAAAGGGAGUUUCACGACAUGUUGGGUGAUGACGGCAUAUUUCUCUACCCUCCUCAUCCGUACCCAGCUCCACACCAUAACCUACCCUUGUUUAUGCCCUUUAACUGGGGCUACACAGCGAUAUUCAAUGUCCUUGGUUUGCCAGUGACGCAGUGUCCGCUUGGAUUGGGGGAGGAGGGUGUACCACUUGGUAUCCAGGUUGUCGGAGACUCGCACCAGGAUCAUCUCACUCUAGCAUUUGCAAGAGAACUGGAGAGUGCUUUUGGGGGUUGGGUACAGCCAUGUUGAGGGUUUUCGGGGGUGUUGGGUACAGCCAUGUUGAGGGUUUUCGGGGGUGUUGGGUACAGCCAUGUUGAGGGUUUUCAGGGGUUGGGUACAGCCAUGUUGAGGGUUUUCGGGGGUGUUGGGUACAGCCAUGUUGAGGGUUUUGUACUUGUUGAAAAUGUGAAAAAAUGUGUGAUUUUCAAAAAUUUGAAGCUAUGAAAUGUUUUGAUAAUUUGUACUAAAAACAGAUUUCUGUCGGUUUUCAAAUUUGACCCCAUUUUCUAUGCAUUAUCUUGCUUUUGAAAUAUGAUAAUAAUCAUAUUGUAAAAUGGAAAUUUACUAUCUUUUAAAUAUCAUCAAAAGAAGAAGUGGCUUGGACUUGUUUUGAAAAGAUAGUGCGAGGACCUAUUCAAUAUAUAAAAAAAGGUUAUUGUGCUAUGCAUUUAUUUCUCGCCCAUUUUAAGAGAAGCUUUUAGGUCCUACAUUUUAAUUAAAAAUCUACUAAUGUGAGCUAUCAUUGAUGUGUCUGUGUUUACUUUGCUCACAGACUCUUAAAUUUCUAUGACAAGAAGAUUGCUUAUAAUCAUGGUAUGUUUGAUUUCUCUUGCCACUUUUCCCCUGACACUCAGGAGAAGUGACUUCUUGGAUGAUUUCACACCAGACCUGUAGGACUCCUGAUUACAGAUGUCUGAUUUCUGUAUGAGGAAGUGUCCUUCUGCAUCUUGGGAUGAAGUCCUCCAUGGUGGUAUUGAGGAUAAGAGACAAGGAAUACUUCAAUUGUUUGGAAUGAGUUUAUCAUUUUUGGUGAUGGUCCUUCUGCAUGUCGGAUGAACUUAACCAAGGUUGUAUUUAGGAUAAGAAAACAUUUGUUUUAAUGAAAGCCUACCCAUGUCUUGUGUGGCUUUGGCCAUUCAUUGUCCUUAUAUUUAUUGAUGUUAAUGUUAUCUAUCUACCUCAAAUGUAAGAGGGCAUUGAAGCGAGAGAAAGGUACAUGUACUACAUGUACUAAGCCAGGCAGUGAAACUCACCUCUCUUUUGAGAAGAUGAGUUUCCCUCGGGAGAAUUUGGAUUUGUUGGAAUGUAUUUGAUCAUUCCUAAUUUGUCUUGUAUAGUAUUGAACCAAUUCUUGUAUUGUGGUGCCAAAUUGUUUGCGGAUAAGAUAAAUUGUUCUACCCGAGUGCUGUUUUGUCAAUGUUUCCUGUGACCAGCAGGCUAUUAUUGUUGUAUAUUUUAUGUCGGAUUCUUUCUUGUGUAUCUCACUAUAUAAAUGACUUCCAUGGUGAGAGCUUACAUUAGUUUAAAAAUAUGAUUUUGUCCCAAACAAUAUAUAUUAAUGCAAUAUACCGGUAUUUAUUUAAGUUUACAUUCCUUGAAUUAUCUUUCUUGGUGAUUUACUUACAUGUAUGCCAUUCAUUGCCAUUUGCCGAUCAAUCUGCCUGGAAAAGCUUUGCAAGACAAUCAAAUUACAUGUACUUAUAAAGACUAAAACAUUGAACAUAUAGUUCAGUUUUGAUCACAUGUAGCCUACUUCUAAAGACUAAAACAUUGAACAUAUAAUUCAGUUUUGAUCACAUGUAGCCUACUUAUAAAGACUAAAACAUUGAACAUAUAAUUCAGUUUUGAUCACAUGUACUUAUAAAGACUAAAACAUUAAACAUAUAAUUUAGUUUUGAUCCCAAAACCAUGCAGUAAUCCUUGAUCACCAAUGCCAAAGAAAAAUGGCAUGACGUGGAUUCCAGUAAAAGAGGUGGCAAUAUUACGAACACUGUUUCGACGAUGUGGCGAUAAAAUAUUCACUGAAGUUUACUCCUUGUCCCAUUGUUGUGAUGAUGUGCACGACAAUAUGGUGUUCACAGCAUGCUGUAUUGUUGAAUGAACAUUUUGAUUUUGCAUAAUGACUUUGUGCACUAUUCUUGUUCUAUGAUCGUCGAAACCUGUGGCAUAUUAUGAUAUUAAAGCAUCACCUUUUAAUUUAGGUUACAA